AGGCAAAGAUUCACUAGCGACUGAAGCAAAAAAAAAAAAAAAGAUUUUCUUUCUUUCCUCUCCCUUUCUUUUCUUCUUUUCACUGUUUCUCACUCCCCUUUCCUUUUCUAGUCCCCUUUCCCCUCAUUUUUUUUUUUUUUUACUCUUCUUUGCACACAAGAAGUUAAAGUUGCUCCCUGAACUCCUACUACUUUUUGUUUUCUUUCAUCCUUCAUCACUUUUCUUUUAUUUUUUUUUCUCUUCUUUAUUUACUCAAUUGUUUAACUCGUUAUUAUUCCUCUUAUCAUCAUAAACUUUUAUUAUGACUGACCAACAAGAACAACAACCACAAACCAAUGGUACUUCACAAACGAUUAAUGUAGUCCGUAAGAAACUUCAAGGUUAUGUAGGUUUUGCCAAUUUACCUAACCAAGUUCAUCGCAAGUCUGUCAAAAAAGGUUUCCAAUUCACUGCCAUGGUUGUUGGUGAAUCGGGUUUGGGAAAAUCAACUUUGGUUAAUACUCUUUUUAAUACUGGAUUAUAUCCUCCUAAAGAAAAUGUGGAAUUAUCUCAUGAAAGUCCUCAAACUGUCGAAAUCAAGUCUAUUACAUCUGAUAUCGAAGAAAAUGGUGUCAAAUUGCGUUUGACUGUAGUUGAUACUCCUGGUUUUGGUGACUUUGUCAAUAAUGAAGAAAGCUGGAAACCUAUUUUGGAUAAUAUCGAAUCUCGUUAUGAUACUUAUCUUGAACAAGAAAAUCGUGUGAAUCGUCGUCGUACUGUGGAUAAUCGCAUUCAUGCUUGUAUUUACUUUAUCACUCCUACUGGUCAUGCAUUAAAACCAUUAGAUAUUGAAUUUAUGCGUCGAUUGCAUACUCGUGUCAAUUUGAUUCCUGUGAUUGCUAAGGCUGAUACAUUGACCGAAGAAGAAGUAUUAGCUUUCAAGCAACGUAUUUUGGCCGAUAUCAGUUACCACAAGAUCCAAAUCUAUCAAGCUCCUGUGUACGAAUAUGAUGAUCAAGAAACUAUAGAUGAAAAUCGUGAAAUCAUGUCCAAGAUUCCUUUUGCUGUUGUUGGAUCUGACAAGGAAUUUGAUGUUGAUGGUGGUCGUCGUGUCCGUGGUCGUAAAUAUCCUUGGGGUGUGAUCGAAGUAGACAAUGAAGAACAUUGUGAUUUUGUUAAACUUCGUCAAAUGCUUAUCAGAACUCAUAUGGAAGAACUCAAGGAAUAUACAAAUGAUGUAUUAUAUGAAAACUACCGUACUGAAAAGCUAUCAGCCAUGGGUAUUCAACAAGAUCCUUCUGUAUUCAAGGAAGUCAAUCCUGUACAAAAGAUGGAAGAAGAACGCCUUGCUCACGAACAAAAGUUGGCCAAGAUGGAAGCGGAAAUGCGUGCAGUAUUCCAAGCCAAGGUACAAGAAAAGGAAACCAAAUUGAAACAAUCUGAAGAGGAACUCUAUGCUCGUCACAAGGAAAUGAAAGAAGCUCUCGAAAAACAACGUGCCGAUUUGGAAGAUAAACGUCGUCGCUUGGAAUCCGGUAGACCUAUGACUCCCGAAAAGGCAAAGAAGAAAGGUUUCUCAUUCAAUAAGUAAUGGUCGUGUCCUCCCAAUUUUCUCUCCUUUUUUUUUUAUCCUAUCCUAUAUUAUAUCUUUUUUUUUUCCCUAUUACUAUUAUUAUUAUUAUUAUUAUUAUUAUUUUUCCUCUUCCUUUGCUUAUCUUUUCUUCUUCUUUUUUUGUUAUAUCAAUGCUUCUAAUAAAG